AUGGCUAUUUUAACAGAGGAUGGCAAUGAGUACGAGGUUCAGAUCGUCAACGCUGUGACAGGUCAGUCCUUCAAAGAGUAUGUCAAGCUAGGAGAUCAGAAGAUACAUGGCGACAGAGAAGCUGAGCGUUACAUUACCGCGCAUCCUGGAAUAAUGUUCAAGAUUCAGAUAACUUUGAAGACUGGUUUUUGCUUCAAACCUUUUGAUGCAGUCGAGGCAAAUCUUUACUUUAAAGGGCAGAGUACUUAUUACGGUCUAGCAGUUGUGAAUGACCCAAACCCAGGUCGUGCAUGCAGCAAACAAGAUCCGAGAAUGGAAAUCGCUUGUGUAAACAUGAGUAACUACGGUAAAAAUGUCAUCGGCGCUCCAUUUGUCUUCAAGAAAUUCAAAAUCGAUGAAAGAUUGUCGGGUCAGACUGACAUAAUCGGCGUUAAUUCUGUCGACCUUGGAAGCUUUCACGUCACACUUAAUCGUCGGAGAAUUGCCGCAACGCCAAACAAUUACCUCUCAAGAGAUACCACCACAGCCUUGUGGAAUGCCGAGAAGGUAGACACGUCGAGUUUCGAGGAACAACGGAUCACGAACUCUAUUGGGUUGGGUCAAAAUCGAAUAUCGACUAAAGAAUCUGUGGUCUCCUCCUACAAGUUCUAUACUUCAGAUCUUCUCAAAUUUAAUUUUAUCUAUCGCUUUCUCAAUCGUUUAGACGUUGUCCCUUAUCCGCCUCCCCUCUAUUACAAUCCUUGGAAAUCUCUUACUGACAUAGAGCGUCGGUGCACCUUGAGAGAACUACAGAACCUUUGCAGAUCGCGUAGAGAGUGGUCAUUAAAUUUUACACCUGAGCGUUGUGAGUCUGGAAAAUUCCGUUCUUGGAAUGAUAUGCAACCAUCAGAGAGAGAAAUUGUGUUUUGGAUCUUGCAGAAAGAACAGAAGGAAUUUUCUGCCUAUCCUCGCGAAGUGGGCAAAAUCAAACGCGAAGCUCAAGGUCCGCCGAACGCAGUCAAGCAGGAGAUUGAACUCUCGAACAAAUUUUUAACACGAAAUUUCAAGCCCAAGAUAAUCCCAAAUCAUAGAAUAAAUGAGGAGCACUCUGAUUUAGAUUACGCAGAUCUGCCCUCUAAAGAGCCGUUGGCGAAGAGACAAAAGAUCAUUCAGGAGCCAAUCGAUGUGGAUAUGAUUCAAAACUCUAAAAUCAGACAAGAACCAACAGAUUUUGGAGCAUUCGAUGAGAAGGCUAUGGUUCUUAAGAAGGAAACAGCAAUAAAAUAUGACCUUACGGAGCUCAUAGAUGCUAUAGUCCUCCUGGAACCAUCGACGCCAAGUACUAACCCCGAGGACUCAGUUUAUUGGGAGAUGACAGAAGAAGUAUUGCGACAAACUGCUGAUGAGUUCGUGCGAAUUAGAGGAUAG